GUUGAUGAAACAAUCAGCGGACUUUCCGGUGUUGUUCAUCUAGUGUUAAUUUCUAUUGAAAGGAGAGAGGCUCAAUAAGUGACUGGAGCGAGAAGUAGUUAGCUCGGUUCUUGGGAAAUUAAAAAUGUUCGGAUCAUACGAAGGACCCUCGGCAAAAAAGAAGGAGAAGAAAAAUAGGCCACCAAAAGGCUUUGCGCAGCUCCCAGAAUGGUGGAUGGACACCACUCCCCACAACACGCUUGACAUUGAAGGAGAUGCGGCGAAACGCUUUUCUGAACGGCAGCAAGCGAUGAUUUAUAAGGAUUUAGCUGAGAAAGCGGACUUGGAGGAAAAGAAUGGGCUAUCCAACAAGUACAGGAAGGGGGAAAAUGGAGAACUGAUUGACAACGCAACUGGGAAAACAAUUGACCCUAAAUUUGACUCGAGAUUUUCGCAAGAUAAAAAAGGGGACUGGUUUUUGGAUGGGAAACCUAUAUUUGGUGCGCAGUACGUUAGUAUAGCCGCAGGCAAUAGCUACGGUCACAAGGAUGUAAGCUGGAAGAAACCAGACUGGAUGAAGGUGAGUUUAUAUUUUAUGAGUCGCCCACUGGCUUUCGUAUAUUUUGAAGUCGGAUGAUAUCGUGUUGGAUGUGUUAUUUUGUUUUGGUUUCACCGCGAUCAAUGGUCAAUUUGUGGGAGUGUCCCUGUCGUCAUCAAUAGCUGUUAUUAGAGUAUCAUGAAUGGUAAUCGGCGGAAUAUAAGUAUAGUAGCAAUAGAAGCACUAAUAUUUGAAACAUGGCAAUAUCACCACAGGUCAAACUUAAUGCAACGAAGAAAGGAGCUGCGAUGAAAAGAGGCAGCUAUCUGGAGAAAAAGUCAUUCGUUCCAUCGGCAUAAUUGACUAAUUUAGAGACAAGUUUGAAUCAAUGGCUUUGCAAAAUCUGGGACAAAAAUGACGUAUGAAUUACAACAGCAUGAAAAGAAAGAGAAAGAGGUAUACUAUUAUUUUCAUUUGGUGCUGUUUUUCGCAGUACUAGUCUAAAGUUACGUGAAGCAUUGGGUCUCGGAGAGAAUGAAUAUAAUUUAUGUUA